AUGCCGCUGCACCUCGCGCCGCAUAAAAGCUACCACCCGUACAACCGCGAAAAUAUCGAGAGGGUGCGUCGUGAUGAGGCCGAGGCGCGGGAAAAAGAGCGCGCGGAGGAUGCGCGGCUAGCCGAAGUCGAAAGUGCGUCGCGGAUUCAACACUUGCGGGAGCGGCGCGAUACGGGAUUGCCGAGCCAGGGGCAUAUCAACUUUUGGGAGGAGUACGAGAGCGGAAAAAAGCAGGCAGAGACUCCGAUAAAAGAUACGGAGCCGAUCGAGCGCAAGCCGCGUUUCGGCAACGCAUCUAUGGAACUACAGCCUUGGUACGCCGCACCUGAUUUGCGCAAUGGACGCGAAAAAGGCAGGAGCGAGGAAGAAAAAGAGCAGGUACUAGCACGAGAAGCAGCACACAAGUUGAGUCACGAUCCGCUCCAGACCAUGUGUGCGGCACUGGACCAACGUGCUUCGGACACAAAAAAGCGCGCAUGGGGCACGCAGCCGUACAAGACAGAGACCCUCUUGAACGAGCGCCUCAGUCGCGAGGCCAAGGAACACGCCACGAGAGCCGCAGUCCGCCGCACUUGUUUUUUCGAGGAGCGACCCGUGCUUCGCGCACAGCACGAGUCGAGCGACAACACAAAGACUGAGCUGCGCAGCGCCGACUCGGACGACUUGUGGGACUCAUUUGCAGCGCUACCUGACGGCAUACACGGCACCCCCCCUCUCGAGCUACCCGCGCCGCAGCAGUUCGGCAAAGAGUCGAUGUACGUCGAGCUAUUCCAGGAGAUAAUCUGUACCGUGCUCGAAAGGGAGAACUUUUUAUUUACGGUAAAAGAACAAGAGUGCCUGUCCAGCAUACUGCUUUUGCCAUACGCAUCGCGCUACUUGCUGGUCCGUCUCCUGCAACGCAAACGCGACUGGUACCGUUUGGAUCGGUUGGCGUAUGCAAAAGAGGUGGACGACGUGCAGGAAGCGGCCAAAGGCCUGUGCCAAUCGUUCGGCAUGCCUUGCUCGCCGAACGGUGCUGACGAUCACCUAUUGUGCAGUUAUGCACAGAUGGAUACAGAGAUGGAGGGCGGCUUGGAAGAACGCAUCGCGCUCUUGACACUGCCGGAACUCAAAGAGAUCGCAAAGCGUUUGGGAGUCGCGCGUGCGAAGACGAGGGUCCAGCUUGUCGCACAGCUUUUGGCGAGGCCAACGAAUGCGACGCUGUUCAGCUUAUCCGGGCCAUGCUCGGGCAGAGAACUGCGCAUGACCGAAACGCCGUCGCACGCACGUUUGGAAAAAGCGCUGGAGCGCAGUAUGGCGGGCGGCUGCAUACGGAUCCUGCCCGCAGUCUCUGCCUUGGUUGAGCGCAUGACGAUCGUCUACUACCGUGGCCUGCCCGCGUUUAACAGUAUGCUCACUUCUGCCGUCUUGAGCCGUACAAAAAAGUGCCAUUUUCCGGAAUACACAAUCCAGCGCACCCCCGACCUGUUUGAAAACCGCGAUCAAGUGGUGCAGUACGCAUACGCUCUGCAUCUGGAGAAGGAAAUGGAUGCGUGCGUUGAUGCACUGUCCCACUCAACCGCGGCUGUCGAGCAGGGCAUUGCAUGCCUCGCAGCGGGGUGGGAGCUGUGGAAAGAGGCAGUUGCAGACGUGCGAAAGAAGUACCCUGACGGCGUCUCUUCCGCCAUCUACCCGCGCAUGCGCUUCCAUCCUGGGUGGGUGCUUACGCGCAUUGUAUACAAAGGCUGCCACUGCGUUGCACGCCAAGGACACGCUGCGCGUGAGCGCGGAAUGCUGCGCGGUCUGCUCGCCCAGCGAUACUUUCGGCGAGGCCAGCGCGGUGCGUGGCACGAGCGCCUCGCGAUUGUCGCGGCCAAGACGCAGCGAGGGAUGGCAAAAGACCAGGUGCUGCAGUGCAAACGUGAGGCGCUCGCAUGCUGUCAAGCUGCCUUGGCUGAUCCAGAUACCCAUCUUGUGUACGUGUUUAGUUUGCAGCAGCGCAUUCAGCGCUUGGAGGCGCAGCUCAAGAUCCCACUUGCCGAGCGCCACGACUUUGCACACCUCCAAUUGCGCGCCGCAGACCACGUCCACCUUUGCGGGCGGCGCGUGGGUUGCGAAAACGAGGCAGGGAAGCGCAGCACAUGGCAAGGCAAAAAUGGUCAGCCUGUUACCGUGGAAGAGUUUUGCUUGGAACGAUACGCCGCGCAAGGGUUUCGUGGAUUCCACUGCGAAGGGCGCAUUUUGCACUUCCUCUUUGCACUGCUUAUGUGGGAUAUUCUGUUUGCGCCUGUGCCGGGCGCUUUUGAGACGCAGUACCAGCGCGAGCCGCUGGAUUUGGCGACCGACGUAUUUGCCAUUGCGCGGCGCGACGCGCUCUCCUCGCGGCUUGCGCACAUUGAAAAGACCGGCGGGCUUGACCUAAUUGGCGCUGUGGAUGCACGCGAGCGGCGGCUGCGUACGUAUGCUGUUGCGUGUCGCUGGGACUGCUACACGAGCGAGGAGCUCCUGGAAAUCGCCGAGUGCAUUGGGGGCCGUGCACUGGCCUUGCUGUGUCGCCUGCUGAGCGAAGAAUGGGCGAUGCGCACGAGCGGGUUCCCAGACCUUUGUAUUUGGCGGUACAAAGACAAGCAGGUGCACUUUGCGGAAGUCAAGAGCCCCAAAGACCGCCUAAGUGGCAACCAGAAAGUGUGGAUCGAUGUGCUGCUCCGCGCGGGGCUCGUCGUGCGAGUCGUCCACGUCGACGAUGUGCAUUAA